CCGUUAUCAGGGACCGGCAGCCUGCCAUUUCAGCACCUGCCUGGCUGCGGAUCGGUGGAGAGCCCCAAGCAGCGGCGGCGGGCAAGGUUAUAUAGGAAGAGAAAGAGGGAGAGAGCCAGGGAGCACGCGAGCCUGAGCGAGAAAGGGAGAGCGCAAGAGAGAGCGAACACGCACCCGCGCGCGCGCGCGCGCGCACAUACACACACCCCACACACGCUCACACACACACACAGACACACACCGAAGAGCUUGGAAGUAAUUGGGCUCCAUGGACGAGAUGCUGCUGCUGGCGAGAUGUCUGGUGGUAGUCUUCGUCUCCUGGCUCCUGCUGGGCUCCGGGCUAGCGUGCGGACCCGGCCGGGGAUUUGGGAAGAGGAGACACCCCAAAAAGCUGACCCCUUUAGCCUACAAACAGUUUAUCCCCAAUGUGGCCGAAAAGACCCUAGGGGCCAGUGGAAGAUACGAAGGGAAGAUCUCGAGAAACUCCGAGCGAUUUAAAGAACUCACCCCCAAUUACAACCCUGACAUCAUAUUUAAGGAUGAAGAAAACACGGGAGCGGAUCGGCUGAUGACUCAGAGGUGUAAGGACAAGUUGAAUGCUUUAGCCAUCUCAGUCAUGAACCAGUGGCCAGGGGUGAAGCUUCGAGUGACCGAGGGCUGGGAUGAGGAUGGCCACCACUCAGAAGAGUCUCUGCACUAUGAGGGCCGCGCAGUGGACAUCACCACGUCGGACCGAGACCGUAGCAAAUACGGCAUGCUGGCCCGCCUGGCUGUGGAGGCUGGCUUCGACUGGGUCUACUACGAGUCCAAAGCGCACAUCCACUGUUCGGUGAAAGCAGAGAACUCGGUGGCCGCCAAAUCCGGCGGCUGCUUCCCAGGAUCCGCCACCGUGCACCUAGAGCAGGGCGGCACCAAGCUGGUGAAGGAUCUGAGCCCCGGGGACCGGGUGCUGGCGGCCGACGACCAGGGCCGGCUACUCUACAGCGACUUCCUCACCUUCCUGGACCGCGAGGACGGCGCCAAGAAGGUCUUCUACGUGAUCGAGACCCGGGAGCCGCGGGAGCGCCUGCUGCUGACAGCCGCGCACUUGCUCUUCGUCGCGCCGCACAACGAUUCGGCGGCCGCCGAGGAGCCGGAACCGCUGUCGAGCGCCUGGGACGCGCCGAGGCCGCCGCCAGGGGGCGCGUCGGGGCGCCGCGCGCUCUUCGCCAGCCACGUGCGGCCCGGCCAGCGCGUGUACGUCGUUGCGGAGCGCGACGGAGACCGCAAGCUGCUGCCCGCCGCCGUUCACAGCGUGACGCUGCGCGAGGAGGCCACCGGCGCGUACGCGCCACUCACGGCCCACGGCACCAUCCUCAUCAACCGGGUGCUGGCCUCGUGCUACGCCGUCAUCGAGGAGCACAGCUGGGCGCACUGGGCCUUCGCGCCCUUCCGCCUGGCGCACGCGCUCCUGGCGGCCCUCGCGCCCGCUCGCACGGACAGCGGCUGCAGCCUGGCCCCGCCCGCGCCGGAUGCGGCGGCCGCCACCCCCACGGGCAUCCACUGGUACUCACAGCUGCUCUACCAAAUAGGCACCUGGCUGCUGGACAGUGAGGCUCUGCACCCCCUCGGCAUGGCCGUCAAGUCCAGCUGA